UCCCAUAAAACUACGGAAAGAUUAUGAAUGUUCAGUUGAUGUAGUUUGGUUACGAUAGCAGUCUAUCAUUAUCUAGACUGUGGCGAAGACAUCUUGAAAAUGGUUAUACAACUCCUCGUCAUCGCUGGCUUGGCUGCGCCUUGGUCUGUGGUGGCACAGCAGUGUCCGCUCUCUGUAGUGUCUGUCGGCGACGCUCAAGUAGAGACGCUGAGGAACAGUCGCAUGGAACUGGCAGUAGACCUACUACGUUCUAUAGCUUCUAAGGAUCCGACCCAGAACGUAUUCCUCUCACCGUACAGCAUUUUCUCGGCCUUCCAGCUAUUACUUUUUGCAACCUCUGGCUGUUCUGAGGAUACCUUAAGAAAAUUUCUUCAUAUACCUCAUAACCUGACUAAAAAUGAUGUAGUUGGAAUCUACGCUUUAGAAAGAGAACAGAAUGAGCGGAACAGUAAUACCACAAAUGACUACGAACUCGACAAUGCCAAUAAAAUGUACGUACAGCAGGGCCUUGGCAUAAGAGAUUGCAUAAAACAUAUCUUUUCAACUGAAUACUCUGUGGUAGACUUUAACAAUGAGUUGGAGUAUACGCGUAAAAAAAAUAUAAAUAAAUGGAUCGAAAUGCAAACAAGAAACAUGAUUGUGGAUUGUAUACCAGAGGGAUUUCUAGAUAAGUCCACAUCACUACUAUUGGUGAACGCCGUUUACUUCAAAGGAUUAUGGAAGUCGAGAUUCAAUAAAGAUAAGACUUCCCCUGAAGAUUUUCACAUGGCUAAUGGAUCUAAAAGACAAUCUGAAAUGAUGAACAAAAGGAGUAGUUUCAGAGCCGUAUUUUCUAGCAGUUAUGGAAUACAUGGAUUGGAGCUGCCGUAUGAGGGGGAUGAUAUCAGCAUGUUCAUAAUUUUGCCUGAACAAUCUCAUGCAACAGCAUUACAAGAUUUACUGAGGUCAUUAACUUAUGAACGACUAGAGAUGAUUCUAAAUCAGAUUUUACACAGUCCUAUGAAAACAAUGGAUGUUAUUAUUCCGAAGUUUAAAACUGAGAAGAAAUAUGAUCUCAUACCGAUAUUAAAGGAUUUCGGAGCAGAUGAGUUACUUGAGUUUGUCGACCUCAGUGACUUUGUUAAAACGUUUAAAGCGUUUAAAUUGGAUAAGGCCAUCCACACCGCCAAAAUUGUUGUAGAUGAGCAAGGCACGGAGGCCGCGGCCGUUACAAAAUUGUCAUUCGUUUUGAUGUCGUCGAGGUCGGAAAAUUAUCCAGUAUUUCGAGCAAAUAGGCCUUUUUUGUAUUAUAUUUAUAAUAAUGUAACAAGAACGCUUCUAUUUUCUGGUGUGUUUAACUCUCCAUAAAUACGCUUGGUCCUAACACAUUUUUAUAUUAAUGUUAUUAAUACUGAAUGUUGUUAAAGUGUACAUGCUAUAUUUAGAUUCAUAAAAAUGUUAUUUUCUCUAUAGAUUAUUGUAAAUAUCUUUGUUGCACUUAUCAUUUCAAUAAAACUUGACGAUGACCUAAA